UUGUACAGCGGCAAAACAAAAAUGGCGGUUAGACUGCACCAGAAUAAUCUUCGAUCUUUUGUCGAAUCGUUCGAUAAUUUUAUUUUCGACUGCGAUGGUGUUCUAUGGGUGCAUGCUGGGAUCGUGCCUGGCGUUCCCGAGCUUCUUCAGUCGCUGCGAAAGUUGGGGAAGAAAGUUUUCUUUGUAACUAACAACAACACAAAAACAAGGGAGCAGUUCCUUGAGAAAUUCUCCAAAUAUGGCAUACAAGCAAGUCACACAGAGAUAUACACCUCUGCGUAUUCAACGGCCUACUACAUCAAGAACAUCAUGAAGUGCAACAAGAAAGUGUAUAUGAUCGGAGGGAAAGGCCUUUCUGAGGAGCUGACACAACUAGGAAUCCCAAACAUUGGAUAUGGGCCUGACUGUAUAGAUGAAGGAACUGACGUACAGUAUGAUGAUUUAGAAGUUGAUUUAGACCCAGAGGUUGGUACAGUUGCCUGUGGCUUUGACCAAUUUAUCAGUGUCAAAAAGUACAUCAAAGCUUCUACAUACAUAGUGAAUAGAGGGUGUAACUUCAUAGCUACAAACAUGGACGACCGACUACCAACAUCUAAUGGUAUAACAAUGCCCGGCACUGGCUGCAUGGUGUCAUUUCUGGCAACAGCAACCAGGAAGCAGCCAAUAGUAGCAGGCAAGCCAGCAAGAACCAGCUUUGACUGUAUUGUGCAUAAGUACAACAUUGAUCCAUCGAGAACACUAAUGGUAGGAGACAGACUUGACACAGAUGUGUUGUACGGUCACAGGUGUGGAACUAAAGCCUUGCUUGUUUUGUCUGGGUGCACGACCCUUGAAGAUGUAGACAAGGCAAAGAGAUCAUCAAAGCCAGAUGAUCAAGAGAAAGUUCCAGACUUUUACCUACCUUCAAUAGCCGACCUUUUGCCUGCUGUAAUAGAAAUGCUCAAUGAAAGCUAGAGUAUCUCAAUACGAUUUGAAUAGCUAAAAAAACAUUUAAAAUAAUUAUUUAAGGAUGCUAUAGGCCUUUUUGUUUUGUGGGACACUUGCAAUUAACUAUUUUAUUUUCUGUUUUCCUUACAGUAAAUUGAAUCAGGAAGAAUUAUGUAUAUUUUAUAUAUGUAACUAGGUAAUUCAUUCACAGUCUGAUAGACACACUCUUAAUGUCACACAAGCAACUCAUAGCUAAAAAUAGACGCUUUAAAACCUGUGGACCGGUAUCUUGUGAAAUGACGUAUGAAACGACUUUAGAACGUCUUUCGUCUUCUUUGUAGCUGUAGCAUAGGGCACUAAGAAAUGUAAGUAGAGAAUAACAGAGAAUAUAACAGAUAAGAUGACGUUUAUUUUGUGUUAAGCUUACAAGUAGUCUCCCUGAGAAAGUAAUAAAGUCUACAUUUGUCCGCAUCA